GGACUAGACAUGUACAUGUAUAUAAGGUUAGACCCAAGUUGCCAAAUACUAUAGAAAAUCUUGAAAAUACUGGAAUUUCUUUAAUGUCCCUUUGGGAAUUUUCACUCAUAUUGAUAUGCCACCACUUGCUGUGGAGGGCAGCAAAUUUAGACCUGGACUAUGGGCCUUUGAGCAUUGUUGAGCAGUGAGGGAACUUUUUCUUGCCAGCACUUACAGUUACUGUGACACAGGAUUUCGGCUCGUAGAGUCUCAUCUGAAGAACCAGACUCCAUUUCCUGCAGUGGGAAUAUUGAACCUGCAACAUAAAGAUCAACUCCUUUCUCUGCACUCUAGAGCGAACACAGUCUUGCCACUGUGCCACACAGGCAGAUUUAGAAAGGGAACAGGAAUUUCUGAAUUCAUACUCUGUAAAAGAUGGAGAAGGAAAGCAACAGCAGAGAAUUUUGAAGAGGAGAAGGCAAUCUUUUCAACCAGAUCACAUAUUCAAAGCCAUGCCGAAAAGUUAAUCAACCAAAUUCCUAAUGACAACCAAACGAAGAAUUUAGAAAAGCUCAGGAAUACACGUGUAACUGAGAAGUCCCAUGAAUGUUACAUUUGCUUGAAUAAGUCAGCUCCUUUGAAUCACUUACAAAGACACAUAGAUGUGAUAAACCUUAUAAAUGUGAUAGAUGUGAGGAUGCAAUUAAGCAUUCAAGUAACUUAGAUAGACAUGGAAACCUAUAAAGGUGGCAAUACUUAUCUAUGUGAUGUGUGUGGGAAGGAAUUCACUAGAAUAGGUAACUUAGAAAUACACACAAGGAUUCAUACUGGUGAUAAACCUUAUAAAUGUGAGAUGUGUUGGAAGGCAUUCUCUACAACAGGUCAGCUACAGGCCCACAGUAGGACACAUACAGGUGAUAAACCUUAUAAAUGUGAUACCUGUGGGAAAGCAUUUAAGCAUUUAAGUCACGUACAGACACACAUGCGGACACAUACAGGAGGUAAACCUUAUAAAUGUGGUGUUUGUGGAAAGGCAUUCAACCGUUCAGGGCACUUAAAGAGUCAUAGGAGGAUACAUACCGGGGAUAAACCCCAUAUAUGUGAUAUAUGUGGAAAUUCUUUCACCCAAUCAGGUUCCUUACAGGGUCACAUGAGGAUACAUACAGGUGAUAAACCUUUUAAAUGUGAAGUUUGUGGAAAGGCAUUCAGCCGCUCAAGUACCUUAUACACACAUAUUCAGAUCCAUACCGGUGAUAAACUUUUUACAUGUGAUGUAUGUGGAAAGGCUUUCAGGCAGUCCGGUACCAAACAGAGACAUAUGAAGACACACACAAAGCCAUAUGAAACACACAGGUGAUAAACCCAGCUGAUAAACCUCAUAAAAUAUAAAAAUGUGAAAAACCAUAUAAAGCAUACAGGUGGUAAACAGUAUAAAUGUGAUCCAAGUCAGAAAAUGCUCAGUGGGAAAAAAGGAUUUUAAGAACUUUUCAAGUUUAAGGUGGCUUGCUAAUUCAGAGACAAUGUAGCACAUAUCUAUGUAAAGUUCUAUACAUAAAUGUGAAAUGUGGUGGAAAAUAUUCAGUAAAUCAAAGCAUAUACAUGUACCUAGAUAUUGAUACUUAUGAAGAGAGACAGAUAAAAAACUUCAAAAUGUAAUAUAAUGAUAAAAUAACAAAACACAUACCAUGAUUAUAGUUUGAAUAAUCAA